UGAUGUACCCCUAUGUGCCUCAGAAUGAUGAUGAACUGGAGCUGGUGCCCGGUGACUUCAUCUUCAUGUCGUCUACAGAACAGGCCACUGCCAGUGAGGGCUGGGUCUAUGGGACCUCGAUGAGCACAGGGUUAUCUGGGCUACUGCCAGAAAACUACGUCAAUAGGGCAGACGAGUGUGAUACUUGGGUCUUACAUGGGUCUUUGUCUUUCCUUAAUGUAACCCCCCCAACCGAUAUCAGGGGUGCAGUGGGUGGGAUUUUUCUUGACCCACACUUGGACGGUCGUCUCUUUGAUGACCCCAUGCCAGUGGAUCCCAACAAUCUGAGCGUUAUAUGUCAACCUAUGCAGAUCCUACGCCCCAAUCAGUCUCGAUUGCCUAAGAGAACGUUGUUUGUGUGUCGCCAUGGUGAGAGAAUGGAUGUAGUAUUUGGGAAACACUGGAUCACUCAGUGCUUUGAUGCCAAAGGUCGGUAUGUGCGGUCAAACCUCAAUAUGCCACUGAGUCUCCCAGCGAGAAAAGUAGCAACUGUAUCCAGCAAUCAAAGUCGAUGGGUGAGACAGGUGUUUGGCAGCUUGUGGAUCCACCCAUCCUGCCGCUCACGCAUGGACCCAAUCACAGCUUUAACUGGAGAGAAGCGCUGCUGCAGGACUGAGGAGGCUCUGCAACUUUUACUCUCACUGCUCCUCCUCCAAAGGCAACAGAAACGUGCUUACAAGUCACAUCAUCACAGACCUGCAUUAUAG